CCCCCCCCCAAGGCGUUUGCGGGGUUCUCGGCGCUGGGCGUCCCCCGCCUGCUGGACCCGGCUGACCUGGAGCGGCCGCCGGUGCCGGACGCCCUGGGGGUGCUGACGUACCUGGGGCUGCUGCGAGCCCGCCUCGGGGACCCCCCCCGCGGCCCCCCCGGGACCCCCCCGGAGCCCCCCAGGACCCCUCCGGCCCCCCCAGAGCCCUCUGGGACCCCCGGGACCCCCCCGGCCCUCCCGGAACCCGGAGCUGCGGCAGCGGGGGCCGGGGGGACCCAGGGGGCGACGGACGGCGCCGCAAGGGAUGCUGGGAGGGCGGCCAUCAUGGAGCCCGCAAGGGAUGCUGGGAGUUUGGCCAUCAUGGAGCCUGCAAGGGAUGCUGGGAGUUCGGCCAUCAUGGGAGCCGCAAAGGAUGCUGGGAGCUUGGCCAAUGACAACACUGCAAGGGAUUCUGGGAGUUCGGCCAUCAUGGAGCCUGCAAGGGAUGCUGGGAGUUCGGCCAAUGACAACACUGCAGGGGGUUCUGGGAGUUCGGCCAUCAUGGAGCCUGCAAAGGAUGAUGGGAGUUUGGCCAAUGACAAGGCAGCAAGGGAUUAUGGGAGUUUCAUCAACCCAGAGGCUGCAAAGGAUGCUGGGAGCUCUGCCAAUGGCGAUGCCGCAAGGGAUUCUGGGAGCUCGGCCAAUGAUGGAGCCACAAAGGAUGCUGGGAGUUUGGCUAAUGACAAGGCCACAAGGGAUUCUGGGAGCUCGGCCAUCACAGAGCCUGCAAAGGAUGCUGGGAACAUGGCCAGUGACGCCGCCGCAAAGGAUUCUGGGAGCUCGGUCGUCCUAGAGGCCGCAAGGGAUGAUGGGAGUUUGGCCAAUGACAAUGCCGCAAGGGAUUCUGGGAGCUCAGCCAAUGAGGCAACUUCAAAGGAUGAUGGGAGUUUGGCCAACAUGGAGGCCACACAGGAUUCUGGGAGUUUGGUCAACCCAGGGGUUGCAAAGGAUGAUGGGAGAUUGACCAAUGACAACAAUGCGAGGGAUGAUGGGAGUUCGGCCAAUGGCGAUGCUGCAAGGGAUUCUGGGAGUUCAGCCAAUGAGGCAACCGCAAAGGAAGAUGGGACUUUGGCCAACCCAGAGGCUGCAAAGGAUUCUGGGAGCUUGUCCGUCACCGAGCCCGCAAAGGAUGCUGGGAGUUCGGCCAAUGACAAUGCCACAAGGGAUUCUGGGAGCCCGGCCAUCACCGAGCCCCCAAAGGAUGCUGGGAACGUGGCCAAUGGCGCCGCCGCAAGGGAUGCUGGGAGCUCGGCACUGGUGCCCCCCCCGCGGCGGCCCCGGGCCCCGGCCGCCCCCCCCCCGCCUGUCCCGGGGCCUGUCCCAGCUCCGCGACGCCGACCUGGUGCGGAGAGCGCGGGGGGGGCGGCGCGGGGACCCCCCCGGCACCGCGGUGAGGGCAGGGCCUGCGCUAACGGGGGUGUUAUUGUAGUAAUUGGGGGGUGUUAUUGUAGGGUCUGCUCUAAUGGGGGGG